AUGAGGAGUCAAAACGAGUGUCUUCAACAAGAUGCCACGGACCAGGAAAGAGCAGACAUGGUAAAGGACGGCAAGCCAAAGCUUUUCAAUGUUGAAGCGGACUCGGUGAACAAUGGCAUAUCGAUUACAAACCACAAGGCGCUGGUCCGGAAGAUUGAUCUUUGCCUUCUGCCUCUGUUGUUGGUCUCGUACAUGUUGCAAUUUCUGGACAAGACCACCUUUGCAUACUCUGCAAUCUUGGGGCUUCCGGCGGACACUAAACUCGUCAAUGACGAUUUCUCCUGGGCUUCGAGUGCAUUCUAUUUCGGCUACAUGGUCGCCAGCUAUCCCGCGUCACUCGGUUUCAUCAAGUUCCCGAUCGGGAAAUACCUGUCGGUGUGCAUGAUCUUGUGGGCAGUCGUCCUUGCUUGCCACGCCGGAGCCAAGUCUUUUGCUUCCCUCACUGCACUCAGGGUGUUGCUAGGUGUGUUUGAGAGUACCAUUAGUCCCGGAUUCACCCUGGUGACUGGCCUGUGGUACACGCCUGCCGAGCAUGCUACCAGAACUAGUCUGUGGUUCUCUGGCAAUGCACUAGGCUCGGUCUUUGGGGGCCUCGUGGCUUAUGCCAUCGCCCACAUAAAGCAUAGCCUUGCUCCAUGGAAGUGGCUCUUCAUCAUUUACGGCUUGAUCACCUUUUUGUGGGCCUCGUUCCUGCUGUAUUCCUUACCAGACACGCCUCUGAACGCGCGAUGGCUCUCGGACGAACAACGGCCUGUUGCGUAUAGACGCCCACAAGCUCAGCAAAAGAGCUACAAGUCUAAGCAAUGGCACAAGGGCCAGGCUAUCGAGGCCUUGACAGACCCCAAAACCUGGUUGCUCUUUGUCUACAACUUUUCAAUCUCACUGCCCAACGGUGGCGUGUCGAAUUUCUCGACUCUAGUCAUUCGAGGCUUCGGUUACGACACUCUGCAGACGCUUCUUCUCGGAAUGCCUGGUCCGGCAAUCAUUUGGGUCGUCGUCUUGAUUUCGGCCUACGUGUCAAGCAAAGUGCACCACUCCCGCUGCUAUUUGAUGGCGCUGACCCUUGCCUUCGGCCUCAUCGGCAUCCUCCUCGUCCGCCAGCUCCCAUACGAGCACAAGUACGGCCGGCUCGUUGGUAUCUGGCUCACCGGUCUCUAUAGCGUCGGCUUCCCUCUCGGCUUGAGCCUGAUAUCCAGCAAUGUCGCCGGCUACACCAAGAAAACCACCGUUGCAGCUAUUCUGUUUGUCGGGUAUUGUGCUGGCAAUAUUGGUGGCCCGUUUGUGUUCAAGGCGGAGGAAGCGCCACAUUAUGAGUCGGCCUUUACUGCCAUUCUGGCCUGUUUCUGCAUAGGAAUUGCCUCGAUCAUCGGGAUGAGGUUUUAUCUGGUAUGGGAAAACCGAUCUCGUGACAUUGCCCAGGCGCAGUCCACGGAUAUCCAAGAAGAGCCUGUCGAUCCCGAGGAAGCCGAUAUCGACAUCGAUAUCUCGGACCGGGUCAACAAGCGAUUCCGAUAUUCGCUGUGA